AUGCACCCUACCUCAACGAAGCAUCUAUCUCACCUUCUCGACCGGCCGCCACCGCUCCGAGUCUCGCCGCCAGAGAAAUGGUAUGCCUCGCAUUUUCCAAUUAUUCACUUCCUCGCGCUGCAUAUUCUAACCUUGGUCCUCCACAAACAGCCUCCCAAGAGGCGCGGAGCUCCCGCCAGCUCCUCCGCAGCUCCCAAGCGCGCGCGCCAAUCCAAACUAGCCAAAGAGAACAACAUCUCAGCCGAGGAGGAGAACGAAAUCAAAGAAGUCUUCCAGCUCUUCGCAGAUAGCCACGAAGAUUUCCCCAAGGAGAAAGAAGGCGUCAUUCCCCGCGAAGAUGUGCGCAAGGCAUUAGUGUACGUCCAGUCCAAUCCAGUCAAGUCCAGAUCCUCCCCUCCCUCCGAUAAUAUCCCGCAAGCUUCUGCGCAAGCCCACCUUGAGCCCUCGGUCUGCCCCCCCACAGACUCAACCGAACUCUCCACCAUCCUCUCCGCCCUCGACCCAACCUCAACCGGCCACAUCCCCUACACACCCUUCGUCUCCGUAGCCGCGGCAAAACUGCGCUCCCGCGAUGACGACGCCCUGGUCGCCGAGGUCGACGACGCAUACCAGCUCUUCACGCGUGGGUCCAGCGGGCCGAUCUCGCUGGCCCAGUUGCGCCGCAUUGCCCGCGAGCUGAAGGAGGACUCUGUCGACGAUGAGUUGCUUAAGGAUAUGAUUCUUGAAGCGAAUGGUGGGGCGGGACUUAGUGCUGGUGUUACUUUGGAACAGUUCCAUGAUGUUAUGGCUCGUGCGGGCGUCUUUUAG